AUGGAGGCCGCCUGCCUCACUCUUCGAGAAUCCCUCCGCCGCAGUCCACACAAGGAGACGCAGGCAGUACAGGCCUGCGAGCAGCGGAAGGACGACGGGCCUGCCACGGAGGAAGCCCACCCAGGUCAUGACCAAGCCACCCAAACGGCAUGGCCAAAAAAGAUUAUGAUAAGCCGAGCCACGCAGGCCGCGGUGGCAGCCAACACAGCGCCCGCAACGCGUAAGGACGCAGAGGUCCAAACCAGGGAGUUCGUCAAUUACAGAGACUGCCUGGUAAACAGCGAGAUACUGGACGAAGCGAUCCCGAACGUGGCCGAGCUCAUAAGAAGAAAGGUGGAAGCCCGCGAAGAGCAAUUAAGAAGAGAACAAGAAGAGAGAGAAAGAAGGCAAGAAGAGGAGCGCAACAGAAAGCGCGAAGCCGCUCUUGCCCGCUGUGAACGCCAGCACCAACGCUGGCAGGACGGAAAAUAA